AUGCCUGGACGAACACGACCAAUUGAUAAGCUUGCCACAGCAGCCGCCAAAUGCUCAAAAGAGGCAUGUCUUUUUCACCCUAGUGAUGAGUCAACAUUCAUGCCCUAUUCAAAGUGGCUCGAAACUCAUUGGAACACGGAAUUUAAUACCAGACAGGGUUCAUUAUAUGGAAAAUGCAUAUUUGCAGACUACAACAAUGUGUACAAGGAUAAAUGCGCCGCAGAGUUCAAGAUGUUGAAGGACUGUUAUCUUAAAGCAUACAAGCAACGAUAG